GUGUCCUCCCGGCUUAAAAAAGAAGCGCAUCGUCGAAGAUGGCGACGUCGUAUAAACUGCGGUGUAAUAUUGUAGGACACAAGAAAGAUGUACGUUCUCUGUCGGCUACAAUAAUUCCCGAAGGAGGCAUCGUGUCUGGUUCUAGAGACACAACUGCUCGAGUCUGGCUUCCGAAUGAGCACAAUGCAGGCUUUAUUGAGGGCCAGGUUCUUCAAGGACAUAGCAACUUUGUAGCAGCCGUCUGUGUUUUACCACCAGAUGAAUCUCACCCAAGUGGUCUAAUUGUCACAGGGAGUAAUGACAAUACCAUCCUUAUGUUUGUGCCAGGUCAGCUUGAGGCUGUCUGUAAACUGACAGGGCAUACAGAUACAGUUUGUGCACUUGCCUCAGGGAAAUUUGGAUUCUUGCUGAGUGGCUCAUGGGACAAAACAGCUAAAGUCUGGCUAAAUCAAAAAUGCGUAAUGACUUUAGAAGGCCAUGAAAUGGCAGUGUGGGCUGUAGCAGUUAUGUCUGAGAAGGGGGUCAUGCUUACUGGCUCUGCCGACAAGACCAUAAAGCUGUGGAAAGCUGGGAGAUGUGAAGUAACAUUCAGAGGUCACACAGAUUGUGUACGGGGGCUUGCAGCACUAGAAAAUGGAGCAUUUUUGUCCUGUGCAAAUGAUUGCUCAGUACGAAAGUGGACAAUGUCUGGUGACUGUAUUGGUGUCUACAGUGGCCACAAUAACUAUGUCUACAGCAUUGCUAUAUUGCCCAAUGGCCAAGACUUCGUUACAAGUGGAGAAGACUGCACAGUGCGGGUUUGGUGUGAUGGAAAAUGCAUACAGACUAUUUCACAUCCAACACAGUCAGUCUGGUGUGUCUGUACUCUACCAAAUGGUGACAUUGUCACAGGAGCUAGUGAUGGUGUGAUCAGAGUGUUUACAGCAGCUCCAGAAAGGAUGGCAUCUCCAGACCAGCAGAAGGCCUUUGAGGAACUAGUAGCCAGUUCCACAAUUGCUAGUCAAGUGGGCGACAUCAAUAAAGAAGACCUUCCUGGUCCUGAAGCACUUUUCAAUCCAGGUCGCAGAGAUGGACAGACAAAAUUAAUACGUGAUGGAGACCGUGUUGAGGCUUACAGCUGGGAUGCUGCAAAAAAUGAAUGGAGUAAAGUUGGUGAAGUUGUUGGCUCCUCAGGAGGUUCACAAGCAACUUCUGGCAAAGUCUUAUAUGAGGGCAAGGAAUAUGAUUAUGUCUUUGAUGUGGACAUAGAAGAUGGUAAGCCUCCUCUCAAGCUGCCAUACAAUAAGGCGGAGGAUCCCUGGCAAGCUGCGCAGAAAUUUCUACACAAAAACAACUUGAGUCAGCUGUUUUUAGACCAAGUGGCUAACUUCAUCACUACCAAUGCAAAGGGCAUUGAGCCAGCUGUGCAAUCAAAUGAAUACUUUGAUCCAUUUACUGGAGAGAACCGCUAUGUACCUGGACGUUUGACUGCAGGGGGUGACAUAAGAGGCUCUGACCCUUUCACUGGAAACACACGAUACCAGCCAGCUGCUUCUGUUGUCAACAGUGUUGUUCCAACUGUUGGUGCAGAUCCAUUUACUGGUGCAGGAAGCUACAGGCCUAGUGGAAGUACACCUACCGCCAGUAGUACUCCGUAUUACCCAGUCAAUGCCUUUCUUACUUCAGACAAUGCAGAUGUUAAAAAAAUUAUUGCUAAACUGAAAGAGUUCAAUGGAAACGUUGAGCUUCAUUUGCGUGUUCCUGAAGAAGCCCUGGACCGGCUAGAGCACAUCGUUACUGGAAAGGCUACAAAUGCAGAUCUGACCAUCCUACAGCAGUUACUGCAGUGGCCACCAGAUAAAGUUUUUCCAGGUCUUGAUUUAUUACGAAUGGGAGUAAAGCAGCCUUCUGUCUGUCACCACUUCUGCCAGCAACCUAACUUCCUGGAUGACCUUUGUAGAUAUUUGAUUGAGGAAAGUUCUGCUGCAAAUCAAAUGUCUCUGAGAACCCUGACCAACCUCUUCAGUCAGCCAGAUGGUGUGAAACUUCUUUUAGCAGACCCAUCACGCUUAUUGAAGAGUAUUGAGCAGUGUAAAAAUAUCAGCACCAAGAAUGCUCAGCUAGCACUGAGCACUACUUUGUUGAACUUCUCUAUUGCUGCAGCUGCUGCCAAAGACUUUGACCUGAAGUCAGAAUGUCUUGCUACCACAGCCAAAAUCCUUCGAAGGGAGCUUGAUGCAGAGGCUGCCUUCCGCCUGCUGGCUGCACUGGGAACAUUGAUACAUGAAGAUGAGAGCUGUCAAGCUGUGAUGCAUUCGUUAGAGCUUGCACCUGUUCUAAGAAUGCUAAUAAAUAAAUCCGAUUCCAAUAAGGUGUUAGAGUGUGCUGAUCAACUGCUCAAAUAUCUUACGUAGAAGAAUUUUUUUAUAGAUGCAAAUACCAUGCUGUGCAAGAAGUGCUGUGCUUUAAUGAAUACUUGUAGUUUGAAUGUUGCCAAACUGUUCUUUUGUAUUGUUUUUAAUUCUUCACUUUGAAAAGUAGAAAAUAUGCCCGAGUACAUCGCUACUAUCAAAGAACAAUAAAUAUCUCACGGGCUAAAUUAAAAUACUGAAAAUAACCAUAUCCAGAGCAUGUCUGUGGUUAUUUAAAUCAACAUUGUCUGAGCUGAUAUUGUAUAAAUUUAAGCCACAUUUUCCUACUUGUUGACUUGAGGAUAAACUCUUUGUUAGCAGUAAAAUUCUUAUCGGGCAUCUACUGCUUUAAGUUGCCCAGAGAGCUUAUGCACAUGGUGGUAAUUUAGGUACAAAAAUGGUCUGCAUGAUUUAUUUUGUGCUAAUUGGGACUUGCUAAAAGCUAUUCUUUUCAUUUAUGCCAGUCAUGGUAAGAAAUAUUAUAGAAAGCAAAUAAAUAUGUUUAUAAAACAUCA